AUGAAUGAGAAACAAAUUCUCGGCGUUGCUGGUAGCAGUAAUGAUGUACACCUUAUGACAUUAGAAUAUUAUAACGAACAUAAAGAUGAACUGAAAGGAGAGAAGGGUGACACCGGACCACAAGGACCACAAGGAAUACAAGGAAUACAAGGACCUCAAGGCGAGAACGGUUUGGAUGGAAAGGAUGGAAAGGAUGGAAAAACUGCUAAAUCAUGGAUAUGGGACCUUAUAAAUACUGGUUUAACAGCUGCUUCAUAUGGAGUUCUUCAAUACCAAAUCGGAAAGAUAUGGGCAGUACUUGGUGAAGAAGCUUUAGAUGACGUUAAAAAUGCUUUGAACUUCAUUUCAAAUGGUUCGGAUACUAUUAAAACUUUAUCUGGUUGGAUGCAAGAAACAAGGAGUCAAAUAGAUACUGUAAGACGUAUAGCAAACAAUGCACGUACUGGAUUGGAUACUUUACGAGAAGCACAAAAUACACUAAAGGAAGCAAAUGAUAUUCUUGGCUCAGUAUCAGACAUGCAUGAAGAUUGGCUUAAAGGUAUUGACAAAUCUUUAAAAAAUCACAGUCAGUCUAUUGCUGACUACAAGAAAAGUAUAGAUUUUUUACAUAGUGCUAUGGACGUACAUGAUGGAAGCAUAAGGAACUUACUUAAUGCUAACAAUAACUUACCAGGAACUAUUAAAGCAUUUAUAAAGUCCUUUGUAAAACCCGGUGCUCUAACAUUUAGGUCUUUGAGAGCAAGAGCAUUGAAGUCAAGAGAUGCAGAAACUCCAACAGAACCUACAGAAGGAACUGA